ACAGGAACAUUUGUAGAGCGUUAAGUCGUCUGUGCAAAAUAAUAAUAAUAAUAAUAAUAAUAACAGUAAUAAUAAUAAUAAAGAGGGGGGAAAUUAGCAUAAUUGAAUUGAAUCUGAAUUUAACGGACUGCGGUGUGCGCGAGACACGUUUAUGCGCGCAUGACCUGACCGUUUGAAAGCGCGUGCUGUUUGAAAUUGCGGGCUAAGCGCUAGUUAGCUAGCUAGCUAAGUAGCUAGCAUUAGCCGCUCAGAUAACAGUAAUAGAAAUAGUCAUAAUAAUGAGCACUAAAGUGGUCCAGGUGACAAACGUGUCUCCGAGCGCGACCUCGGAACAGAUGAGGACUCUUUUCGGUUUUCUUGGAAACAUCGACGAGCUCAAACUGUUCCCACCAGAUUCAGGUAGGAUGUGUAGGCAUGGAGCGUCUGUGAGUUACUUGGGAUAUAAACUAUACGGAAAGUACAAGAUUUAAGAUGGCUUGAUGGGAGCAGGUGUGUCUAAACAUUAUACGUACGUUUUGCAAAAGCCUUUAUAUUUUCUUCCAGUGAUUCUCCCUUGCCUGUGACUUCCCGUGUCUGUUUUGUAAAGUUCCUCGAAUCUGAAUCAGUUGGCGUUUCGCAGCAUCUGACGAACACGGUCUUCGUGGACAGAGCUUUGAUCGUCGUCCCAUUCGCUGAAGCGAAGCAGUCGACGUGAGUCGCUUGUUCAUAAAACAGCUAAUGAAAAUUGAAAGCAGCUCCCCUGGACAACCGGCUGUGUGCUUGCUUACAUUUGGUUCAUGACUUAGAAAAAGUUCAGGUGUGAUCCCUGAUGAGUCCAAAGCGCUGUCGCUGAUGGCUCCAGCCAACGCAGUCGCAGGGAUGUUGCCAGGCGGUGGGCUUCUCCCCACACCCUCUCCAGUGCCAUCUAUCGGCGGCGUUCCUCUUGGCUCUCUGGCCGGGCCUGGCAUGGACGCUAUGGCAGCUUUAGGUAUUCCUGGACCCAAUAUGAAUCCUCAGUCUUUGUCAGCAGAGCAGAUUAUGAAGCUCAUGGCAUCAAUGGAUCCCAAGUUAAAUCCAUUAGCUGCUGGAUUAAACCUGAACGCUGGAUUAAAAGCAGAUGCGUCCAACAAGGAAAUCGAGGAGGCCAUGAAGAGGGUGAGGGAAGCCCAGUCCCUGAUCUCUGCUGCCAUUGAGCCUGGAAAUAAGAAGGAUGACAAAAGGAAGCAUUCAAGGUCAAGGUCAAGGUCACGGAAGAAGAGGUCGAGGUCUCGCUCCAAAUACAGGCGUUCCAAGAGCCGGUCACGGCGACGGUCCCGCUCCAGGAGCAAGCGGAGGUCUAAGAGCCCUCGCCGGAGGAGAUCUCACUCUAAAGACAAGAGGAGGCGCUCCAGGUCAAGGGAUCGGAGAAAGCGCUCAAAAACUCCACCAAAGAGCUACAGCGGUGGCAGACGCUCCCGCAGCAUCAGCCGCAAACGCCACAGGAAGAGCCGCAGCAUCUCCCACUCACCGAAAAAGUCCAGAUCUCCAAAAAGGAGGCUCUCUAGAUCUCCUUCACCCAGGAGGCAUAAGAAGGAGAAGAAGAAGGACAAGGAGCGAGAAAGAGACCGGGACAGAAAAGAAGACCAGAACCGAGAAAAGAGAGAACGUUCAAACAGCAAGAAGAGCAAAGACAAAGAGAAGGAGCGAGACAGGAAGUCGGACGGAGAGAAGAGCGAUGUAAAGGUCAUCCGGGAUUACGACGAAGAGGAGCAGGGCUACGACAGCGAACACGAGGAAGAGCAGGAAAGGAGCCCGGAUAUGGCGCCAUCUCCGCACGCAGACGCCGGGAGAGGAGACUCGGACCAACACAGCGACGAGCAGCAGGACGAAGACAUGGACAUGAGCGACUGACGGCAUGCACAACAACAGCACACGAUUCUGACAUACAUUUUAAAAAAAAUCUGCUCAUGCAACAUUUAUGGUUCUAAAUUAAAAGUGAUAGUUUGACCAAGUACAAUUCGGUUCAUUUUGCCCUUUCGACAAACGUAGUCAGUUAGACCAGACGUGUUUGGUGUCCACGAUUCGCUCUGAUAUGUUUUGUACCAGAAUGAGCCAAACAAAUGUGUGUUUUGAGGUGUGUAUGUGUGUGUGAUUCAGAUGUCUGGUUAUCAGCUACAUUUGGAAUAACAGGAACAUUGUGUUAAUGUCACAACUAUCAUUUUAAUGUUAUUCGACGCAGAGCUGACGUUAUCGGUGAAACAGAACGAUGGGAUAUUUUCACUAGAACGUUGUUUUUAUGUCACUACAUCGCCAUCCUUACUGCUGUACUCACACGUAACAUGUUUUAAUUCUUUUAAUACCCUGCCAUCCAUCCAUCCAUCAGUACUUUUGUUUUUCAGUGUAAAAGAAAUCUCUCAUUGGAGUAUUUGUGUGCCGAUUAGUUAUUCGCAUUAAACAAAAACGACUCGCUUUCCGUUUCACACGUUAAUCAUUAUAGAACUCUUGUGUGCUGCGUGGGAUACUUGAGUGUUUGCAGGGAUGCUUUGGAAAAAUCGCUGCUUUUGGCUUUUUUUUGUUUGUUUUCUUCUCAAUUAUGAAUUUAAUUUAAAAUUGUAACUGUGAAUAUUACUGGUGAAGAGGCCUGAUGUUGAUUUGAUUAUUAUUUUUUUUUUUUAUUUAUUUUUUUUUUAAUUCUCUUUUCUUUUUAAAAAAAAACGAUUUAAUCGUCCAGAAGCAAUAGGAGCAUUUUCAGGAUAAAGAAGCAUGUGAGAGAGAGAGCGAAAGAAUAAAAAUAUUUCUAACCGUGCAGUGUGAACGAUUAAAUCGUUUUAUCGUACGAGCCUACUGGUCAAAUAGGUUUGUUGCCUUUUGUUUUGUUUUGCAUAGUCAUGUUUUUUUUUUUUUUUUUUGUUUGUUUUUUGUUUUGUUUGUUUUUUCCAAAUCCCGGGAUUGUAGAUUUCUUUAGAGAACGGUUAAAAUUCUGGUUAUUAUUUGCAGUGUUGUGAAAGUUGAAAAUAAAAAUUUAAGUCUUGUGA